AUGCCGAUCAAAGUAUGGAAAAUAUUGGAAGCUGUAUUGGGAGAAAGUGUGAAACAUGAUUAUUCUUGGCUCUCAAUAACUGAGGCAAUUAUACGGCCAUGUCUUGAGCCUGGUGCAGUUGAUGUCUUCUUUGAAUUCAUCUGUUACUAUGGUGGACCGCUUCCAGAGGAUUUACUCCCACAGUUCAAGUGCCCGGUUCUAGUUGCAUGGGGAGAAAAAGAUCCAUGGGAUCCAAUCAAGCUUGGACGAGCUUAUGGUAAUUUUGAUGCAGCUCCUCAGGAUGAGAAGCCGGAAAUGGUGAACCCACUUAUUGAAUCAGUCGUUGCGAGACAUUCAAAGUCCAGUACAGCCCUUGCUCCAGGCAUUUGA